AACCUCUUCAUAAUGACUCCUCCGGAUGUUCGCGAUAGACGCUGACAAGUCUCGGGUUUAUUGUGGUGUGUUCACCUUAACGCCCAUCCAUGGUGUGGUUUUUUUUUUAUUAAUUAAUUUAUUUUUUUUGUUCAUUCAAGUCAGAAGGAUCUAAGUAAGAGAACAGGUAUGGUACAAGGACCUGGCAUCGUGACGGACAAACUCCCAGAGUGAGGAUAUGUUUGCGCAUGGCUUGGCAGGACAAGGAAGUGAAGUUUAAACCGAGAUCAUUCAAAUAUAUGAGCGGCAUGGGACUAUGACGGACGAGUGUUUGGACGGUGAAUCAAAAGUGGAUUACUGAGGGGUUUCGGGCUGUUUUGUGUCCCGAGGAAGUUGCGAUGCGGGCGGCUCCGUGGCUGCUGCUCCUGCUCCGCUUGUGCGCCAGUCUGGAACAAGACUGCAUUCUUGGCAUCGUGGGGCAGCCUCUGUCUCUGCCCUGCUUUCACACGGUCCAGUUGUCUGCAUUCGAGAAUGUUUCCAUUGAGUGGAGGAGAGAUGAGAAAGUGGUGCUCAGAGCAGCGUGGGGAGAGGAUGGAAACGUGGAGACAUGCAGCGUGAACCACGCCAGCAUCUCCUCCGACGCUGCUCGGACCGGAGACUUCUCUCUCACGCUGCCAGCAGUUCACCCCAAAGAAGACAGGAUGCAAUACAGCCUAUCUUUUAUUUCAGGGGAGAAUACAAGUGCUAUCCUCUGUACUGUGUGCCUCCAGAUAGCAGCCAAGUUCAGCGCCCCCCUGUUGGUGAAGGAUAUGGCAGCAGAGGGAACUGAGAUGACCUUCCUGUGUCAUUCGAGUGGUGGUUACCCUCAACCUGCAGUGUACUGGCUCAUCAACAACACAGAGAACCCUCCCGAGGGCUCAGUCAGGACCCUGGCAGCAUCGCUCCCCAACUCACAUCUCUACAACAUCACAAGCCACCUGACAGUGAACGUUUCCAACGACUCCAGCGUGUCUUGUAUCAUAGAAAACCCCUCCACCAAUGAAAACCUGACAUCCACAAGCUAUGCUAGGAGUGAAAGCACGGCGGUGAAUCGAGCGGCAGAGGCCAUGUGGAUCUUCAGUACGGCUCUCUGUGUGGUGGUUGGGAUCUUGGUGGCGGCAGGGAUCGCAUAUCAGAUCCACCUGGACAAGAUAAGUAAACAGAGGAAGCACAAAUACCAAGAACAACAGAGAGGAUACAGAAGACGACGUCCGUACAGGGACGACGCUGAGGCCACGAAGCUGGAGCCAAAAGAAACUGAUGUGUAAUAAACCCCAAUAAACUGUUACUGGCUUUUUGCAUGAACAAAUCAUGGACUGAUAUGUAAAGAUACACUUGUUCAAACCAUGGAAAUAUAGGUAAUGUGGAGAGAUACAAUUGUUUCAUUGAGCAAUAACUGUUUCCUCACAGAGAGGGUUAGAUUUAUUUCAAAAUUUAAUAAAAAGAUUGAAAAACCCAGAUAUGCCUCUUUUUGAUCUCACAGAUCUGUUUGGAUCAAUGACAAAACAUAAAAGUACAAAUGUUAAUGCUCUUUGACUUUAAAUACUAUAAAAUACGUUUUUGUAAGUUUUAUCAGAGCUAAAUAGUUCCAGUUUCAGCUGCACAGCAAUGAUUUU